AUGGCGUCGGAAUCGCAGCAGUCGAAGCAAUAUCUUCUGCCUCCCGUGUCCGAGUUGCUUCGUCGAGAUGACACCACUAACAAAAACAAUAAUCAUAAUGAUAAUGAAGACCACUCCUUCCUUCCCAAAUCGUGGAAUCCCUUUGACCGCAGUCCUUCACCCGACCGCGACUAUAUCCGCUAUCAGCCCGCCUCUUCGACAAACGAUGAUCCCGCUUCUCCGCCGGCACCCCGCGAGCCCGCGCUUGGCUUAGGCAUCACCAAUACCUUCCCUCAAUCUCCCUACAAGCGCCCGGGGCCUGAUGAUGCCGACGACGGCGACCUUGCGACCAAAUCGCCGUAUCCAGAACCCUCGGAACCCUCGGAACCCACGCCAUUACAGUACCAGACGUCGCGGACCACCUUGUUGCCGCACUCGCCGGAGUAUAUAAAAUGUCCAACCCACCAGGGAAUAGUCCAGAAACGAUUGUCAUGGGUUCCCAUCACUAUUCUGGUUCUGGCGAUCUACUCCACCAUCUUCUCCGGCAUCUACCUGGUGCUUGCGCUGGUGAAACCGCGCUAUGGCAAAAAGAUCGGCGAGGACGGUGGCCUGGCGCCUUCCACAGCCAGCCUACUUAGUGCACUCUUCGCCAAGACCAUUGAGCUGUCAUACGUGACGGUCUGCGUGGCGUUUCUGGGGCAAGUCCUGAGUCGUCGAGCGAUCACCAAGGGGUCGCGCGGAAUCACCAUCUCCGACAUGAGCAUGCGCACCUGGAUCAUGCAGCCAGGCUCCCUCAUUGUGCACUGGGAGACUGUGCGGUACUCUGCGCUCACGGUAUUGGGUGUGAUCACGUUGACCGCGACGUUGGUGGCGAUGCUUUAUACCACGGCAGCAGAGGCGCUAGUGGCGCCGAAACUGCGGAUGGGCCCCCUCGAGCCUCGGGUCCUGGUCGGAAACGUGUCCACCGAAUUCGCCAACCCGGCCUACCUCAUCACCCAUUGCUCGACCCCCGUCACGCUGGCCAUGGACCCGGAGGCGGCCGGGAGCACCUGCUUGGACCUGGAACUGGUCGGACAGGCGUACCACAACUACCAGGCGUACAUCUCUGCCUGGAGCGACCUGGCCAAGACGAACAACGGGACGACGUCAACCCUCGCAGCGCGGCCGCCCCCGACCGGCUCGCUGUACGAUAACACCACCGUGACAGGGAGCUGGAUUGACAUUGGCAAUAUGACUGAAUUGUCGCUCCGGUACGGCCGAAUGGUCAACAACGUCACCGCCGCAAUGCCUCAUGCCGGAGUGAUCGCCGCCGCGGCCGACCCGCGCAAUGGUAUCCGCCAGCCGGCCGAUGUGACCGGCGAAGGCAACUUCGAGAUCGAGGCCUCGGUGCCUUCGCCGGCCGUCAACGUCCUCUGUGUCGGGAUGACGGAAGAGGAGCUCACCCCCUUGGUAUACGAGAGGUGGCCCGACGGGCACAACUUCAAUCCGCUGACCUGGGAUUACGAGGGACACCAAGUCGUCCCCGUCGACUGGUUCAAUCGAACAGUCGUCGAUGACAUCUUCGGGUGGGAUCCCACGGCCAACGCCGAGGUCAAGCAGACGCCGCCGGUGUUUGGCAAGUUGCCCAUCGCCAACAAUACCAUCACCAAUAGCACUGGCUUUUGGCCCACCAACGCCAUUUACAUUCUAGGAGCAGCGCCCAACAAAACCAUGAAACCGCCGUUCGUGCUGUGCGCACUCCGGGCGAAACUGUCCCCCGUGUGUUCGACCAAGUAUUCCGCGGCUGCCAGUGGAGCGUCCUUUUCCGCCCACUGCGAGAAUCCGGCGAAUCCCUUGCAGUAUAAUCACCGCAACCAGAGCGCCCAUGACGGAGUGUGGGAUGGCAACUGGAAGAACGUGGCGGGCGAGUGGGCCCGAUCGUUGAGUUUGAAUUCGGGUAUCACCGACGGCCGUGCCAGCAAUGCGCGCCUCCUGAUGCAGUUCCUUCCGACCCUCGAUCCUCGAACAAAGACCUAUUCGCUCGACCCCAAGUUACCAUCGGUUGGCGAGGCGCUGGCGGUUCUGGCCGGCAGCACCCUGCUCCUGGGGUCGAGGAAUGCUCCUUUUGUGCAAUUCUUCAACUACACCAAGCCAGAUAACGUGUCCGCCGAGCCCGUGUCGCAGUAUUUCGAGGCCACCGUUCGCGCCGUCGGGUAUGCUUCCGGCGGCACGGAGCAAUGGCAGAACGUGUUCUAUCUGAUCCUGGUGUUUGCCUUUUUGACCAGCGCCAUCAUUCUCGCCUUCAUGCUGUUCGAGGUGCGUGGACGACAGAUCACCGACUUUACAGAACCGCAGAAUCUGUUUGCGUUGGCGAUGAACAGCCCGGCCACUGCGCAGCUGCAAGGGGCAUGUGGUGCAGGACCGCAGGGUCGCCAGCUGAACGAGCGGUUCUAUGUGGCCAUGGAGGAGGAGGAUGAGCAUUAUUACAUCCGGACCAAGGCCGAAGAGAAUGUGCGGCCGGCCUCGAUGAGAGCCCGUCGCUCUAUGGCCUCGAUGGAAGUCGACGAGAUGCCCAAGGCUGUCAGUCCGGCCAUGGAUGAAUACCGGCGGCUUUCCAGUAGGAGCAGUCUUUUGUCGAGAUUUUAUUAG